AUGCAAUCAAAGAUCAGUGCCUUCUUCAAACCCUCUCCUUCUUUUUCAAUAAAAUUAGCAGACGCACCUCCGACUUUUAGCGACGGAGACGACGACGAAUUGGCCAUCUGGGAAAAGACGCAGCACCAAUAUUGCAACACUUACAAGCGAAGAGAUCGAAACCUUCAAAGGGGUGAAAGUGACAAAGGUACAGUUAACCAGUUGGCGGAGAGACCCAUUUUUUAUAAUAAUUCUGGGAAGCCAAAAUCAUCCACAUUGGGAAGAACAGUGGUGAAGAACAAGAAGAGAAGUUAUGCUCAGUUCUAUUUAGAGUUUGGUCAGUCUGAUUUUAAUCUGCACACAUGUUCCACCUGUGGGGUCAAGUAUACGGCUGGAGAUGAAGAGGAUGAGAAGGCUCACAAGGCAUUUCACAAGGACUAUACCCGUGGAAUUCAAUUCAAGGGAUGGUGCAAUGAAAGGGUUGUUCAUACGCCUUCAGCUGAAGGAGGUCGGAUUGUUUUGGUGUUAGAUUGUGACCCUCCUGCUCAGAGAAACAAGGUUGGGGAAGUUGUGAAGAUGAUGGAGAGUGAACUUGGAAGUGGAUGGAUUUGCACAAGUUGUGUAAGGUGA